CUGAUGAUUUGCAGAAAUUCUGGAUGAACGAGAAGUUGAAUUGCAACUGUUUGAUGUUGUAUGCAAGGGCACUUUCAAUCACUGGGGGAGAAGAUAAUCGCUAUUGGAAAUGGAUACAACACCAAGAAUCAAGUGGGACAAUGAUAGAGGCAGCUGAACUGGAAAGAAUGUGUAGGCUGGAAGUGCAUGGGAGGUUAGACACAAGGAAGCUGACACCAAGAGUUUUGUAUGAAGUCUGCUUUCAUGUGAUGCUGAAAGACCCGGCAGAGGGCGGGGAGGUUCCUGUGAAUGUCAGGCUUGUGCUGCCAGGAGGGAAGAAGGAAGAACACAAGGAGAAUUUGAUCAGCAAGAUGAGAGCGCAGUGGAUGGAGAUCCCAGUAGGGCGAUUUGUAGCACCAGCUCAUGAUGAAGGAGGAGAAAUGGAAUUCUCUCUGUAUGAAAUUGAAGGUGGGGCUUGGAAAAAAGGCCUUGUCAUCAAAGGAGUCUCCAUCGAACCUAAUCCCAAUGACUACAGAAUUUCUCUGGAUUAAGGCAAAUCAUGCACUAUGACUGGUCAUCUG